GUGAUCGUCAUCGUCCACACAGCAGUCUAGCGCGAGCGGUUUGGAGUCUGACAACUUUACUAGUUUUACUGGAAAAACCUCCAUAUACAUAGAUAAUAUAAUGGCGAGCACAUCUUUUGUGAUUUCUAUAUCAGUUAUGACUGUGUUUUGGGGUCUUGUCGGUGGAGUUAUUCCGUUGUUUAUUCCUAAAGGACCGAAUCGAGGAGUCAUUGCGACCAUGCUGGUACUAACUGCAGUUUGUUGCUACCUGUUCUGGCUGAUAGCUAUUCUAGCACAGCUGAACCCAUUGCUUGGACCAACGCUGAGCAACGAUACCAUCUGGUACCUCUACCAUCACUGGCCAUAGGGUCCAUUGCUGGAUUUAUUGUUGCCUUCACAAACAAGAUGCUGGAAGCUUGUACAUUGCCAAAAUUAAGAGAACAUUUCACUGUCGCUUUGUCUACAAGGGAAAAAUCAUUUUAUUUCAAGCUUUACAUGCUGUUCUCUUACUCAAAGAAUGAAGAAAGUAUGCCUGUUUGUGUAAAGUGAUUUGUGUUGAUAUUUAUUUAAUCUCGUGUUCAAGGAAAUAUGCAAUUAAAUAUUUUGCCUCUU